AUGAACAGCACAAGGGAUGAUAAGAUCAUAAGUAUGAACAAUGAGCACACAAAGAAAAAAAAAAAAAAAAAAAAAAAAAAAGAGUAUACAAACAAAAUAACAAACUUCUUUAAAGUAAUAAAAAGUAAUGUUAAAGGAAAUGAAUUAAUUCUUUCGUCGACUUGUAAAAAUAAUGACUACAGUGGUGGUGGUAGUAGUAAUAGUAGCAGUAGUAAUAGUAGCAGUAGUAAUAGUAAUAGUAAUAGUAGUAGUAGUAGUAGUAGUAGUAGUAGUAGUAAUACCAGGAGUGCACCUAGAAGACACAAACUAAGUACCUAUGAUCAUGGUGUCAAAGAGACGGUUCUAAAAAAGGGCGGAGAUAAUGAAGAAAUACGCGAAACACCUUUUAGGAAAGAUAAUAACAAUCUUACUAAUGAUAAAAGUAAUAACUACAGUAAUUAUGUUUGCAAUUACGGCAUUAAUAACGAUAAGAGUAAAAAAAAAGAAGACUUUCAUUUCCCGGAAGAGACCAAAAAUAGGAAUUCUAACUCAGGAGAGAGGUUACAAAGUAAGGAAGAGGGAAAAACUGAUAACGUAGAAGCGAAUCCACAGUACCCCACCACAACCCUCAUAUACGAUAAGGACAAACUUAGUUCUGUCUUAUCAACAGAAGUAAAGAGGACAACCACCUGGGGAACACUCUUUAAAAGAAACAAGUCGGAAAACAUUGCAGGGGAGGAGGAACGGCCAGCGGAAAAGUCAUUGGACUGUAUUGAGGGCAGAUUGGCAUCCGCGAAGGGUAUAAACUGCGAGGAGCAAACCGCGAAAAAGGGAAAGCGCGGAAGGAAGAGGAAAAACGAUGGAAAUAAUGCAAAAAGAAUCAUGAAGAAAGCAGAAGAGGGUAUAUAUGGAUAUAUAAAUAACAGUGGUAACAUAAGGAAUAAUAAUUCUUACACAGGUGAAAUUAUAAAUACAGUUGAACAUGAGAGUAACUAUACGUAUGAUGAAAAAAAUAUAGGCGAAAGAGAACAAACUGCACAAAGUCAAAUAAUGGCCUCUCCUAAUAAAGGUAAUAGAACAACAAAGACACGAAAAGUUUCACUAGUAAAUUGUUUUGGAAAUGAUAUCGAGAUUACCGUAAAUGUAAACCAGGAGGGUUCAAACACAGAGGAGAGCACCAGCACAAGCAGUGAAAACAGUUUUAUGUGUCUUAAAAAUAGGGAGAAGGGGGAUAAGAGCGGACGUAAAGGAGAUGCCCACAACAACCAAGGGAAACAAAAUGGAGCUAGUCACAAGAGCUCCCAUGAUUUCGAUUGCGGAGAGUUGAAGGCUGCCUACAAGAGAAAUUCCAUUUCGGAUUGGGAAAAUUACAGUCAGAAAAAUUUGUUUUCAAAACGUGGAAAUCAACAAAAGGGAAAAAGAACGAACUCCCAAAGGAAUGAUGAUAAAACAGUCACAUCGAGGGGUUUAUUGAUUGAAAAAAAUAAGAAAAAGAUAAAUAAAAAAGAGAAUAUAAAAGGAAGUAUAAAAGAGAAUAAGCACCCGUACAACAAUAACAUGCUAAAUUGUCAAAAUGACGCAGAUGAAAAUAUGAAGAUGUUAGCAUCUGAUAAUGCAUUGGAUAUUCAAAGUACCGAGAUGAAGAGAAGCAUAUUUGGGAGAAACAGUUGUUUUGGGGUAGAAAUAAACAGAGAAGACAAGGAACAACCCAGUAAUAAAAACCAGAGGAGGUCAUGUGUAUAUAUAAGGGGGGCUGCCACUAGUUUUAAAAUGAAAGAUGGGAAUAAAGCGUGUGAAAUUUUGCAUCUUAGCAACACGCCUAGUGUAAGAGAUGAAGAGAGGAAAAGGAAGGAAGAGGCUAGAGAGUGGGGACUGCAUGGGGAAAGUGAAAUGGCAAGUACUACUACAACUUAUAACGCACCAUUUGCUGCACCCCAUGCCGUGAUGAAUGGUAACAAACGUAACGAGAACGAGGGAUGCGACAACUCCGCAAACAGCUUUUACCAAGUGCACGAAAAUAUGCAGGAAAAAUUAACAUGCAUUAAAAAUAGUUUCAAGCUAAAUGACAAUGUGAAAGAUAUAUUGGUAGAAAAACGAAAAAUAAGAAUAUUAAAAAUAUUGAAUAAAGACUAUUUUGAGAGAGAAUGCAAUGAGAGUAACACAAGUGUGAAUAGUAGAAAUGGUCAAAAAAACAAAACCCACAAUUUUUCUGAAUUGUUCAGGGAUUAUUCGAAUAAACCAUAUACCUUUUUUAUUGCUGGAGAAUUCGUGUUCUUUAGCAAUUUUGCACUAACUAAAAAACUAAAAGAUGUAGGGUAUAGUGUAACUAAUAACCUUCGAAGAAGUAAUGCAGUAGUGUUAGGACAUGAUGUAAGUGAAGAUAUAUUAAAAAAAAUGACAAGUUUUAAUGGUCCUAUUUUUAAUGAAAAAGGUAUUUUAUUACACUUACAAAUUGAUUUCCUUAAAUGUAUGAACAUGUUCAUACCUAGGAAUGAAUAUAAUGGAAAGAAAUUUAAAUUUCUCUUUAACGAUACUAAUAUAAAUAAUGUUCCUAUAUUUUUAAUUAAUAACAGAUUAAAACGUAUCUUCAAAAUAAUUGAUGACCUCAUUAGUCAGAUCAAUAUCUCCACUACUACAUCCGAUCGUAAUAUUAUUUUAAUUAAUCUAAGAAAAAAGUUAAACAAUCUUUUCUUAUUUUUACACAUUGCCAAGGGGAAAUUUAAGUCUGACAUAGAUUCAUUAAUGAACUACUACAAGAGACUAUACUCAAUUACAGCACCCCUUAACGAGAGCAACUAUGACAGAUAUGUUCUUUUCUUUAAAAACAUAUCUAACAUCCUGUCGAAAUGCUCUAUUAACAAAGGCCUUCUAGCAUGGUCAAGCGGUAGUACCCCUAUAGUGGAUGCGGGUGUGUGCAGGGAGUUGGAAUUUUUAAGGAGUGAAAAUGGGGUGAAUGUUCACGCGCCGAAAGUGUUGGGGGAAGUUCCCACAAAGAUAACAAGUCGAUUGGUUAAUCAAGCGGUUAUCCAUGUAGUUGACCAACAGGUUAGUCAACCGGUCAGUCAGGUUAUUAAUCAUCCGGAUGUCCAAUCGAUCAACCAUUUGUAUAGCCGUUCUUAUAGCCAUUCGUACAGCCAUUCGUACAGCCAGUCAUCCAGGCAGUCAUCUAGGCAGUCAUGUACGGAAUACUGUCCGAAACCGUGCAACAAAACGAGUGGCGAGUUAAAUGGGCAUCUGAGAAAGUUUCACCCGUUCAGCGGGGAAGAACCAACAUCAGAUGAUAUACUGAAUGGAGGGGAAGACUCAUCUUCGGACUACAUAUCCGUUGAUGAUAACUUGAUGGAACCGAACGAGUUAAGUGAGCGCAGUAAUUGCGGUAAUUGUGGUAAUUGUGGUAAUUGCAGUAAUUGCAGUAAUUGCGGUAAUUGUGGUAAUUGCGGUAAUUGUGGUAAUUGUGGUAAUUGCAGUAAUUGCAGUAAUUGCGGUAAUUGUGGUAAUUGCGGUAAUUGUGGUAAUUGUGGUAAUUGUGGUAAUUGUGGUAAUUGUGGUAAUUGUGGUAAUUGCAGUAAUUGCGGUAAUUGUGGUAAUUGCAGUAAUUGCGGUAAUUGUGGUAAUUGUAAGUACAGAGAAGAAUCCAGUGAGGAAAAGGAGGUGAAUGGACACUUGCACUUGGAAGACAAGAAAAUUAAAGAGAAUAUUAGAAAAAGCGAAAAAUUGAAAAAGAUUACGAACCUGUGGAGUGUAUUUUUUCGACCCAAUAGUUUGUACGAAGUUGCUGGUCAUAAAAAUGAAAUAAUCAAAUUGUACAGAAUUUUGAAGAGGAGGUUCCCCGAUUGUUCGAACGAUGCUAAGGGACAUAACGCUAGGACGGGAGAGCGUAAGGGCUCAUCUCCUAAUAGAAAAAAGGAAGUACACUUGAGUAAUCCAAGUAACAUCAUUUUCAUUAUGUAUCCCCCUAACUGUGCAGUUAAAAGAGUAGUCGAGUUAAUUUGCUAUGCAUGUGAUUUAUUCCCUAUAUAUGAAAAUAAGGUACAGAAAUAUAAAAACAUAAAUUACUUUUUUAAAUAUACACAUGGACUAAAGGCUAUAUCUAUAUAUAAUGCAAAUAAACUAGACAAGAGUUCAAUGUACGAACUAAACAGUAGAAAUAAUGUGUGUAUAUGUUUAUAUGAAGAUAAAAAUUAUAUUAUUAAUGCUCAUAAUAAUUCCAGUUUGCCCUUACUAGAGAAUAUUAAUCAUAUCUUAAUCAAAUUCUCAUAUCCACAUAAAAAAGCAUUGUUCUAUAGAUGUUUUGCAGUCUCAUCAUGUGUUCUUAAAAAUAUACAAAAAAAAACAUUAAAGAUUUUAUUUAAAACAUGUAGAUUAAAAAAUUUCUCCUAUUCAGUUGAAAGCCUCUUCAAUAAAAUGCAUUUGAUACAUACCUAUGUAAAUUUUAUUAAAAAUAGGAGUUUUCACCCAAAUGCACAGUCAUGUGUUGAGGGGAAGGAGUCCACUGUGCAAAGUGUACCGAGCGUUCUUCCCAGUGAUCAUCUUGAACGUUCAAGCAUGGUUAGCACCGGUCAGGUUAGCAAUGACCAUGUAAGAAGCAACCCUGUUUAUACCAUGCACGUUAGCAGCAUCCAUGUUAGAAACAGCCAUCUUAGCGACGGCUGCCCACGAGGAGUAAAGCAAGAGCAGGUAAUAAACACGAGUGAGGAAUUAUUCCAUCCCAAUAAUGUAAUCCACGAAUAUAUAAAAAAUCAUAUAUUGAACAGGUUUUUUCUAAAUAAUUAUGAAGAAAUAGAAUAUGACAUAUUAGAGGGAAACAAGAGCAUACCUAUAUGUGAAUUAAGCACUACAGAAAAAUUGCAUCAGCUAAAUCAUGAUUAUUAUUUUUAUAGAGGUUUUGACAUAGACGAAAUAGAAGAAGUAGUGUAUGAUUCAUAUGAUAAGCUAUAUAUACAGAACAAAGAUAUAAUUUUAAAUUUUAAUAUUAAUAAAAUAAACAGUAAAGUGAUGGAAGACAAAGUAGAUUACAUGUACAUGGAUGAAAGGUCCAAAAAAAAAAGACAGGAUAUACUUAUAAAAGUGUUGGAGCUAUUUUUAUACUCUUCUAUUUUAAUAAAAUCAAAUCAUAUUAACAUUUCUUUAAUCGCUAUCGACAUGGCUGUUUUUUGGAACACGUUUCUAUACAUGAGCCCCUCGUAUAGGACAAAAAGCAUAAUGAAUAGAGGAAAAAAAGAAGAAAAAAAAAAAAAAAAAAAAAGGAAGAGAAAAUACAAGCAGUGCGAUGUGCAAGUGGACAGUUCGGCCACUAACAGUAAUUGCGAUGAUGUUGGUAGCAAAUACAACGAUGGAAGUAGCUACGAUAACGGAAGUAGCCAGGUCAAUGACAAUCACUACGACAACAUCGCCAAAAACUACUGUAACCACAACAAAGUCAAUUGCUACAAUAACCUAUUCAUUAACCAAAUGAAACUAAAGGACCAAUUGAAGAAUAAAACAGAGAAGUGUAACAAAAUAUUUUCUGAGAAAAUAAAAAAAUAUAAAAAUCUCAUGCUAUAUUUCAAGUGUCCAUUCAAUUUCUCUUCAGCUAGUGUAGUUUACGACAUUUUGCAAAACAAUAAAAUUGUUAACUUUAAUGCGAAGAAGAAAAUAGGGGCUCUCUGA